CAAUUGAACAGUAUUUACGGUUUACAAGUUUACUAUACUAUCAUUUUUAGUUUGACCUCAAUUCCUUGUCAUAUCAGUUUUGUAGCAUUUGUUGUGUUGGAGCAGUUUGUGAAUUGGUUGGUCAUGGAUGACUUGUUUGAUUCAUCGCUGAAUUUGGAGGAAACCCAUUACCAGGAAGGUUACAAGGAAGGUCACAGCCACGGUCUCGUCACUGGCAAGGAAGAAGCUAGGCAAGUUGGUCUGAAGGUUGGCUUUGAGGUUGGUGAAGAGCUUGGUUUCUACAAGGGUUGUGUCAGCAUUUGGACCUCUGCAAUCCUGGUUGACCCGACCUGUUUUUCAGCAAGGGCCAAAACAAUUAUCAGCCAAAUGGAGGAGUUAAUCCAGCAGUACCCUCUUAUGGAUCCAGAAAAUCUGCAAGUGCAAGGGAUCAUUGAUAGCCUUAGGCUCAAAUUCAAGAUGGUUUGUUCUUCCCUUCAUGUCAAGCUUGAGUAUAGUGGCUAUCCAAAAUCUUCUACAGAGGCUAAUGAUAUUCAGUUUUGAACCACAUGAUUUUCUCACUCUUUCUUCAAGAGAUAUUCUAGUGUAGAUCAACACCUAGUUGGAAA